AUGAAUAAUUAAGAUUAGUAAGAUAUAGAGGAAGAAGAAUAAAAAUUAGAUAACCUCAUAAAUGAGUAUUAAGAUGCAAAAUAACUUCAAGAGAUCAAUGAACAAAUGCUUGAAUUCUUAGAAAAAGAGUUUUCAGAAGUAUUAGAGGAAUAACAAAAAUAUUUAGAAGAGCAAAAAGAGUACGAAGAUCUUAUAAACGCUCUUGAAAAUGAGCUGAACGAAGAAAAUAAAAUUGAAGAAGAAGAAAAUUAAGAACUGAAAAUGGCUAAUUAACAAAUAGAGUAAAGUAAGAAGGAGGAAUAGGAUGAAACUAAUGUUGCUUAGUAAAGUAAAAAUGAUUAAGAAAAAGCUAGCUAAGAAAAAUAAAAAUUACUUUAAGAUAUCCAAAACACUAAGUAGAAUAUUGAAGAAUUAUCUGAAAAUGAAAAAAAAGUAUAGGAGGCUAAGAGAAAAGAAGAGGAAAGAAAAAAGAAAAUGUCUUCUUUUUUUGGUUUUUUAAGUGCAAUAGUCUCUAUUUUUUGCCCUAUAGCUGGUGCAUUAGUUGGAUUAGUAGGAGAAUUAGUUACUAAUGGAGAUUUUGAUGGUGCACUUAAAAAAAUUGAAGGAGAAAAAUAGAAAUGGAAUGAAAAAAAGUAAAAUGAACAAAACCUAUUUUAAAAAUAAUCUGAUUUAGAGGAGAUUUCAGAAGAAAAAUAUUAAAAAGCUCUAAAAAAUGCACAAAGCAAAGGUCAAAGUAUUCUAAAAGGUUUAAAUACAAAGAAGGAUGUUGAAAAUAGGCUUUCAAGUCUUAAGAAUAAAAUGAUAGAUUCGUCUAACAAAAUCUAAGAUAUCACUCAAAAAAAAACAUAAUGUGCAUAAUAUAAAUAAGAGUCUUAAGAUAUAUAAAAUGACAUAUAACCUAGGCUCUAAGAUUUGCAAAAAAAAGUCAAAAACACUAACUUAGCUGAUAUUGCUUAAAAGAUUAAAUAGUAGCAAUAAGUUGUAAAAACUCUUAAAUUGAAUGCUAAAGAAAAUUCGCAAAAUAGUCAAAUAAAAUCUAAUAACUGA